GUGCACAUUUGUGGAUGGUUUAUCUGGCGUGGAGCAUGAGAAACUCCACAUCCCCUUUUUUUUGUGCAGAGCUCUGUAUGUACGCGCGGGUCUGUGAGUGUGUGUUUAUGUGCAUGUGUGUUUGUUUCCAGCGCUCACCAGGUUGGGUGCGUUAUACUGGGGGGGUUCUUGCUGCAUCCAUCUGCCUGAAACUAAAAAGCCCCGAGCUGUCACUGCACAUUCCAGGGUUUUAAGAGAGACAGCGAGGCUGGUGGAAAACAACCUCCUGACGUCACUCACCAGAACAAAGGCAGCUCCUCUCGCACUUAAACCACAGCAGAGCCGCAAGCUUCCGUCAGACUCAUGACUGUCUGAGGGGACGAGGACCCACCGUGGCCCAUGCACUGUACCCGUUUCCCUCCCUGUCCUCCUUAUCCCUCAAGCUGACGCAAAACCCCAGGCACCUACCCCCUCUUCCCCACCCCCACUCCCACCCCAUCCCCAGCGACUCGCCGCCUCCCGCCAUGGUGUCCGGCACGGAAACCGUGCACUACAUCCACCUUCACAACUCCAGCCAGUCAGUGCUGGAAGCCCUGCGCACGCAGCGGCGCGAAGGCCUCUUCUGCGACGUGACCGUGCGGAUCCACGACGCUUCGCUGCGCGCCCACGCCUGCGUCCUGGCGGCCGGCAGCCCCUUCUUCCAGGACAAGCUGCUGCUGGGUCACUCUGAGAUCUCGGUGCCGCCGCUGGUGCCCGCCGAAACCGUGAAGCAGCUCGUGGACUUCAUGUACAGCGGCUCGCUGGUGGUGCUCCAGUCGCAGGCCCUGUGCAUCCUCACCGCCGCCAGCAUCUUGCAAAUCAAGACGGUCAUCGACGAGUGCACCCAGAUCAUCUCUCAGAGGAAGGCGGCGGCCACGGCGGCGGCGGCAGCGGCGGCGGCGGCGGCAGCAGCAGCAGCAGGAGGAGGAGGUGGAAUAGGAGGAGGAGGUGGAAUAGGAGGAGGAGGGAUGCUCGGAGGAGUUCACCCCAAACAAGAAGAGCGUGGCGGGGGCAAAGGGAGAGAGAGUGGUGGUGGCGGGAGCUGUUCGGUUGGCGCAGGCGGAGGUUACGCAAACUUCCCCAACUUCAUGGCGGAAUGCGCGGCCACUAACAUGGGCGGGGGGUUGGGAGGUGCCAGCGUCGGCGAGAGCGGCCCAGGCCCGAUGGAGCAGUCUAGCGCGGGGACUAUGAUGGCACUGGGCGACAUGGGCCCCGGCUCCAUGUGCGGCGGCGAAGGACUGGGCUCCGGGGCCGCCGCCGCCAUCCUCAUGAAGCAGAGCCCCAGCUGCACUCAGGACGUCAGGUACAAGCUCCGAGACCUGUUGGCGCAGACGGCCAACGGAGCCAGCACUAGUAGCACAGGGAACCUCUCGGCGGGCUGCAGCUCCGGCGUGGGCAGCGUGGACAGCAUCGGCAGGGACAGCCUCCGCGGCAACACGACGGACCUCUCCGACGACCUGGUGGGGAUGGACCGAUACAGCGAGGAGGAGGACUUGGACGGGAGGGAGCGCGGAAGAGACGGAGACAGAGACAGGGGGGCGGGCCACAGUCGCAAGCAGAGGCAGCCGCUGAGGCUCCAGGUGCUGGGAGGAGAAGGAGUGGUGGUGAAAGAUGAAGGGGUUCAGGACCCGGAUGGGACCGUCUAUGCCUUGGAGGACGGGAGCCGAGACGGACAGCAGGAGGGCUCCCAGGAAUCCAUGGCAGGCUUUGGACAGGAUUUCUACGACGAGCAGGGGGUGUUUUCGGAGAGCUUCUGGCCCCAGAGUGAGCCUCCGCAGGCCAUGGCUUUCAACCCCAGAGGAAGGGUCAACAAGCCUCUGACUCCGCCUCCAACCACGCAGUCCAUCAACAACCAGCUUCUCUUCCAGUACCCAGUGAGCCAGUCGCAGCCAGCUCCGUUCUACGUGGGCGGGCCCAUGGGUGGGAUCGACAGCAUGGCGGGGACUGAGCCUCAGCAGGCCCCGCCUCCUGCGCCGAUGACCCCGGCCCCGCCUCCCUCCACAUCCUCCUGCUCUGCAGGCCCCUCCCCUUCCUCCCAGGGAUCUGAGACCUCGUUUGACUGCACGCACUGUGGCAAAUCUUUACGUUCCAGGAAGAACUACAGCAAGCACAUGUUCAUCCACUCCGGUCAGAAACCUCAUCAGUGCUCCAUCUGCUGGCGCUCCUUCUCCCUGCGUGACUACCUCCUCAAACACAUGGUGGUGCACACCGGCGUCAGGGCUUUCCAGUGCUCCAUGUGCGGCAAGCGCUUCACCCAGAAAAGCUCGCUCAACGUGCACAUGCGCACCCACCGUGCCGAGCGCACCUUCCAGUGCAACGUGUGCCACCGGGCCUUCACCCACCGCACCUUGCUGGAGCGCCACGCCCUGCAGCACGCUCACCACGCGCCCCAGGGCCAGGGCCAAGGCCAGGGGCGUGGAGCCGACAUGACCUCACCUACCAAGCACAAUCCUCCGGCUCUGGGAGGGCCCUCAGGUAUGGCUGGCGCGGCUGGCAUGGUCGGCGGCAUGGCCAACAUGCCCAGCCAUGGAGCUUCCUCCACCUAGAGAGAGAGCGAGAGGGAGGGGGAGACACGUGGGGGGAGGUCAGUGAGCCCAUUCCUUGAACCAACACUUAUUUGGUCCUAACAGCCUUGUUGAUCUUUUGUUCUGGUGGGAACAGCGCUGACAGGUUCCCAUUGUUUUAGCUUAUCGACACCAUCAAUCAGGGUUCCUACACAGGGUUGGAAAGGCGUUUUGAAGUUUAAAAAUGAUUGGAAUUGCCCAAGAAUCCUGGAAAAGUUUGUAAAAAAAAAAUAUAUAUAUAUAUAGUUUUUCCCUCCCCCAGAAAUCCGUCUUAGGUAGUUGUAGUCUUGCUGUCAUUUCCUGUGUUGUGACAUUUGUUGCUGUGACGACUGUAGAGCGACAUUGCCACACACUUUGUUGAACAGCCAUCCAGAAUCCAGUCAAACCGUUACUGUUUUGGUAGAAGCGAGUCUUAACCGUUGAAACCGAGAAUGUGUAGGAACCCUGUUUCAAAGACGCCAGAGAGUCACCAAAGAGGUUAGGAAUGCAGAGCGGGUUUGGGAGUAGCUGAGGGCGAGGGGAGUCGUAGGGUUUCUAUGUGGAGGUGAUGGUGGGUUGGGCAUUGGGGUAAUAUGGACAUGCAAGUUAGGGGAAAUACGGGGAAAGAAGGGCUAGUGGGGAGGGGCGUUGCAGGUUUUUUUUUUUUUUUUUUACCCUCAAUUCAUUUAAUUCAAGUUGAAAAUUGGAGUUCAUUCAGUCCUGUUCACAGCUUUAAGUGCAUGAAAUCGAAUUUUUGAAGCACUUUGUUUAUCCCGAGAUCUCAGCAAAGUGGCUGAGGAAACGGUAUUAACCGAAAAAAUCCAGUAGCGCGUAUUAUCGAAACUUUUCCAGUCAAACGAUACCUGCAUUUGAUCAUUUUCGUAGCUACAUCUAGAAAAAAUAAAAUGAUAUGUGUAUGGUUUUGCUCGCAGCCAAUCGCCGCAAGCAUUCUUUCAACUUGAUGUCAUGACUUUGUGUAAACAUACACGCCACUUUCCACUUAAAGCCAAGUGGCGUGUUAUCUGUAUGCAUUUUGAGCUAUCCGCAUGUAUGUCUAGGUCUACAGCGGACGGCAGUCUGAAACAUCUCAGCGUAAACAUACAUCUUAUUCGCGAGGCUACGUUUGGGUUUAGGAACGUCCCACGCGGGUUGGGUUUAGGAAAAGAAGAACUGGUUGUGUCCAACUACGUGGAUUUUCGCCCUUUCAUACUACUCGCUAUGGCGUCAAUUCACACGCAACCGCAAGGUAAUGUAAGCCAAACGGCCUUGAUAAGCACGCAAAAAAACGACUAUGCGUCUUGAUAACACGCCAAUAACGGCAUACGAGUUGGCGUGUCAUACAUACGCCACCUCAUGAGAUUAGUCUGAUUCUUUGAUUGAAUGCGAUUUGUGAUUGGCCCACUACACCAGCAGCUACUGCCCAUACAGUCUGUGGUGUGGGGAAGCCAAGCGCGGUGUAUUUGACGGAGCUGGCAGUUCAGCGUGCCGACAUGCCACCAAAACGUCCGAUAUUACGGCUACACGCGAGAAAGAUUAUUUCAAAUGAAGUACUGUAUCGGUAUCACUUUAAGAGUACUGGUAUGGGCACUGGUAUCGUCAUUUUUUUAAAUGAUACCCAGCCCUACAUAAGAGGCAUUUGCUAGAGUUGAAAGUGUUUCAACUUGAACAAAUAUGCACAUAUCCCAAAGCUGUUUUACUCCACUCCAUGAAAGUAGAUAAAAGAAAGAUGAAAGAAAAUAAAAGACAGAACUUGAGGUCAGAAUUUUGAGUAUGAAUUUGUGUCAGCUGUAGUCAAAUGUGUGUUUCCUGUCUGUCUGUGGCUAAAAACACACUUUCAAAUUCUCUUAAAAAAGGAAAAUUUGCUUCCCAUUCAGUUUAAACAAACCCAUAGUUUUACAAGUUUUCCCAUUUUUGAAUAUAUAAAAAAAGAAGCACGUCCUGAAUUAACUGAAUUGAAUGUGAAUGAAGUCCGGAGCUAUUCAUGGGCAAACCAGGGUGACAAACAAGGUUGUUGGUGAAUAAUUCGAUGAAGAAGGAAAGUAGUCCGAGCAGAGUGAGACUACAGCAG